AUAGGGAUCAGCGAGAAUGAAAGUUUUCUUUGUGUUUUUCGUUUUUCUUUUCUGUCUCCCACCAAUAGUAUUGGGCGCCUUUGAUUUUUAUCUCUUGUCCCUACAGUGGCCACCGGGUUAUUGCUAUCAAAGCAAUUCAACUUAUAACCAAUGUAAGCAACCUUUUCCUAUGUCGUUCACCAUACAUGGCCUAUGGCCACAGAACUAUAGCCAUAGCCUUCCACUCCCUUGUCCACAGGCACCUCCAUUUAAUCUAAAUGAGGUGACAAGUGACCCACAACUCUUCCAGAAUAUGAACGCACUUUGGCCUAACUUAUUAAGAGUUAAAAACUCAAUAUUCUGGGGGAAUGAAUGGACUAAGCACGGAACUUGUACCACUUUUACUCAGCAUGACUAUUUUCAAACAACUUGUGGCCUCGCCCUUAGCCUCAAUCAGCUGCUUGGUGAACUACAGAACAAUGGGAUGUCUCCCGGUCGAUCAUACCCGUUAAAUGACUAUAAGGCAACCAUCGAAAGUGCAUAUAACGUAACACCACUCAUAGCAUGCAACAGGCACUUCCAAAGCCGCGCCGUACAAAUGUUCGAGAUAAGAUUUUGUGUUGACCCGACAGCAAAUGAUUUUAUAAACUGUGCAUGGACCGUUUCUAAGUCGUGUGGAAGUUCCUCCUCCUCCCCUAUUGCAUUUACUAUGUGAAUGUCAUAUAAUUUCCCAUGUGCAUG